AUGUCCAUGCUGCCCACCUUCGGCUUCACGCAGGAGCAAGUGGCCUGCGUGUGCGAAGUGCUCCAGCAGGGGGGCAACAUCGAGCGGCUGGGACGCUUCCUGUGGUCGCUGCCGGCCUGCGAGCACCUCCACAAGAACGAGAGCGUCCUCAAGGCCAAGGCCGUGGUGGCCUUCCACCGGGGCAACUUCCGCGAGCUCUACAAGAUCCUGGAGAGCCACCAGUUCUCGGCGCACAACCACCCCAAGCUCCAGCAGCUCUGGCUCAAGGCGCACUACAUCGAGGCCGAGAAGCUGCGGGGGCGACCCCUAGGGGCCGUCGGCAAGUACCGGGUCCGCCGCAAGUUCCCCCUGCCCCGCUCCAUCUGGGACGGCGAGGAGACCAGCUACUGCUUCAAGGAGAAGAGCCGGAGCGUCCUGCGCGAAUGGUACGCCCACAACCCCUACCCGUCCCCCCGCGAGAAGAGGGAGCUGGCCGAGGCCACCGGACUCACCACCACCCAAGUCAGCAACUGGUUCAAGAACCGCCGGCAGCGCGACCGGGCGGCCGAGGCCAAGGAAAGGUACGAGGAGAACAACGAAAAUUCUAGCUCUAAUGGCCACAACCCGCUUUCCUCUUCCCUGAACGGCAACAAGGCGGUUUUGGGCAGCUCAGAAGACGAGAAAACGCCCUCCGGGACGCCGGAUCACUCUUCCUCCAGCCCGGCCUUGCUGCUCAACUCGAACCCCGGUUUACAGCCGCUCCACGGCUUGGGCCACCCUCAGGGUCCCAGCGCCAUUCCAGUACCCAGCGCUGACCCUCUGCACCACCACAGUUUGCAAGACUCCAUCCUCAACUCCAUGUCCUCCAACCUGGUCGACCUGGGCUCCUAAGACCCUCGAGGGCCCCGCCCGCGGCCCCUGAACCCAAACCUGGUCCCGGGACCGUUGAAUAAGGGACGGCAGACUGGACGCCGCGCUUGGGAUGGCGGGCCGGGCGGAAGGGACCGGGAGCUCGAGGCAGUCCGCAAGCCCCGCUGGAAUGUCUGGAGAAGAAGGUCGGGAGAAACUGGCUGCAGAGGGGUGGAAGACUCCCGGGGGGGGGGGAUUGAUACAGGAGGCAGCCCCGUCCCCAGCCCUCCAUGUAUCUCUUUCUGCCACUCAGCCCCGGAGUCGGCCAAGGUUUCCACCGGCUUGUGCAGCUAUGCCUUUAGCUACGACUUAAUCGGCAGGGACCCCUAAGGUGAAGAUUUUCGCCGCAGGCAGGGGGAUGAAUGGCAUCACUUGUUGAUUUCUGCCCGUCAAGGUGGUCUUCAGGCCACAGGUGCAGAGGCCGGUGGGAAAGCUGGGGAUCCGGUGACCGACCCUGCCUUGGGAUUCCAUUUCCCCCUGGGAACAGGUCCGUCUGAAAUCAGUGGGAUUCCUGUCCUGGCUAUAAGGGGUGGGAGUCCGAGGCUGCAGUGCACAACUUCUGUGCCCCCAAAGCAAUUCUGUUGACUCCCGUUGGAAUAAUGUGGGCUGAGGGUGACAGUCAAAGGCGCUCUGCAUUUUAGGGGGGAUCCUGAGAGUUCCGGUGUAAAGGAAAGGCCCCCCCUCCCCAACACAGCUGCGGCAGGAAAACUAAUAUAGGCCAGUGUAAGUUACAAUUGAAACGCUGCAGUAACUACCUUGUAAAGAGCAGCUCGCAUCUAGCCUCGCCCCCCCCUCCGCUCCUUUGUAGCUGAUGCUAUGCAAAAAAGAAAAGGAAAAGGAAAAAAAAAAAGCUUAUUUCGCCUGUCUGUGUGGUGCUUUGGCCAUUCUCUGGGACAAGAAUGAGGCGAUCCACAAACCGCUUAAGUCAGAGAACUUGCCUUCAACCGAUUCGGUGGCUCCAGAGUUGGACCUGAAGCCAGCACAUCCGAGUUCGGUUCUUGGACUCAGCGGGCAAAUCCCUCGCUUCUCGGCCUCAGUUAGUUCCCUCUCGUGUAAAAUGGGAACAAGGGCAAACUACCUCACAGGGCUGUUUGUGAGGAUGAAGACUGUACGGCAUUUUGCACAUUUAACGAUUGAGAUAGUCUAUAUCACUCAUUAUUAUUAUGAAUAAUAACAACAACUUCCUCCCCCUUUAAAGUCUUGGGGGCCAGCCCUGGUCCUUCGCUUAACUUAUCCAGGGUUCAGGGUCCAGCGAGCCCCGAUUCUGCCGGCGUGGAGUCCAUAAGCAUCCCCCCCCUCCAAUCAAAGAGGGACGGGAAAGGGCUUUGGAUCUGUCUGUACAGCAUAACCCAAUGCUGUUCGUGGAAACCCAAGGGCCGGUUAUGGAACACCAGCGAGCCCCCUAGACUUUUGUGUAUUGUUUAUAUUAUGUGAA